UACUCGUCAUCAACUAUCGUAUCUUCUAGGCAGAAACAUCAUCCCAUAAAGCUCGAAGCUACAACCAAUCGAAAUGCACCGCCAAACUAAGAUCAUAUCCAAUAUGGCGGUGUUGUUUGCUUUGUAGGCUUUAUGAAUGAAUCGAUGCUGCAUAGACAUCGCCAAUUUUGUUUUGCAUAAUUUAAAAAAAGUCCUCAUAACUAAAAAGUCUGUAUAGUUAUAGGUCCUUUUCUCUCUGUAUUUGUUUUUUUCUGUAAACCAGCAUGCAUCCUAUACAUACAUAGGCCAUACUUCCGGUUUCCUUUUUUCGUUCGUGAACAAUAAGGAUAGUUUUGUAUUUCUUAUACAGGUACAAUGUCGUAUUUCAAGAUCAGACAAAAGAAGAAAAAGCAACCCGCAAAGAUAGUGAAGAUUUACAACAACUUGACAGGGCGAUGGGUAACCCUUAAAGAGAAUAAGGGAAAGAAAAAAGACACAGUUUCUGCUGCUCCCUCCCAGCCAGACACAGUUAUUGCUGCUUCCGUCCAGCAACCGAUCCCGACAACAUCAUCCAUCGAUGUUGAGCCUAUGGCCGUAGUUUUUGCUGCUUCCUCCCAACAACCGAUCCAGACAACAUCAUCCAUUGAUGUUGAGCCUAUGCCCGUAGAUCUUGAAAAUGGAGCAAGCUCUUACUGGAACAAGAAAGUAAAUCGUGCUGACAAAUGGGAAAAGAUAUGCCACGAACUGCUGGUUGUGCACACUGAGCUGUGUGCUGUUCCAGAUAGAAGCCAGUGUAUCUGCUGUGGUUUAAAUUUACCAACAAUCCGCUGCUUGGAUUGUGGCAGCAAUGCACUAUUCUGUGAGGAGGAUUUUGUAGAUCGUCACAAGAAUGCUGCAUUUCAUAGUCCAGAAAUAUGGAAUGGAUAUUGUUUUGUGCCAUAUGCAGCCAACUUGCCUGUUUUUGUGCAUAGCAAUCACAAGGUACCAUCUUGUGCAAAACGUACAAGGGAAAUCAGUGUGAUUGGAAUGAGAGGUGGCCCACAGCUGUUUACUUUUGAAUUCUGCUCAUGUGAGAGUGACACAGUCACACUACUACGCCAUCGCCUUUGGGGUUCUUCCCCAGAAAUACCAUCUGUGGCAUUUAAACUGGAUGUCAUGGAAUGGUUGCGUGCAUUAGUGCUUGAAUGCCAGGUGUCAGUUAAGGGCUUUGUCGAUGCAUUGGCAACCCGACUUAGCAAGAUAGAGAGCAUGAGCAGCAAGGAGGUUAAUGGAGUAUAUCAGGCCCUAGUUACUGAUGCAUUUACAAUGUACAUGCACCAUGAAUACCAGUUGCAGCAGCUGCAACACAUUGAUCCAGAUCUUGAUGAUGGAACUGGUUGUCCUGCCUGCCAUGUGGUCAAAGAAGACAUUGAGGUUAAUGCAAAAGACCCUGCAACUGAUGGAAGUCAGCUAGUGUUGUCUGAAAAUAUCUUGAAAAUGGAGCAAGCUUUUACUGGAAAAAGAAAGUAAAUUGUGCUGACAAAUGGGAAAAGAUAUGCCACGAACUGCUGGUUGUGCACACUGAGCUGUGUGCUGUUCCAGAUCGAAGCCAGUGUAUCUGCUGUGGUUUAAAUUUACCAACAAUCCGCUGCUUGGAUUGUAGCAGCAAUGCACUAUUCUGUGAGGAGGACUUUGUAGAGCAUCACAAGAAUGCUGCAUUUCAUAGUCCAGAAAUAUGGAAUGUAAGGAACAUUUAGUAUUUGGGGUUUGAGGGGCAACCACACCUGCAACAAAAUACUUAUAUGUGUCUAGAGAUGAUGAUGAUGAUAAUAAUAAUGACGACAACAGCACCAUCGUUCCCAAUUGGCUGACAGCGCUUUACACACACACACAAAAAAAAAAUACUCAGAUCGUCAGGAGGCAGACAGAUUAACAACACUUUGUAUUAUAUAAUAACCAAAGUGAGUACUUUGAGUCAAAUCAUCACGGAACAAUGAAGAGGCUGACAAGAUUUUUGUGAGUGGACUUACUGGGCUAUGCAACAUGAGGAGUUUUAAUCUUACCAUAAAACUACGCACAUGAAAGUGGGGAGGGAUGUUUUAUGUCGAGCCAGGAACUAUGACUAAGCAGCCAGCCCUGUAAACAGAUGUCACAUACAGAGAAAGAACAGCGUGCCCGAGGCGAGAUCUGAACCUAGGACAGCCAGUACUCACUGUAUUGGUGACAGGCGCUAACCGUUGCCCCACCAGACUGCACAGAAAAAGGGGAGGGGGAGGGGUGGGGAAUGGACAUUAAAGCAGACUUGAAUGUGUUAAGGUUUAUGCAUUAGAGCACAAAAAAGGUCUUUUUGUGCAGGAUUGUCACCUCCAUGGAGAAUCUGGAAUGCCAAUCAAAGGCAACAUUACAAACGUUCACAAUCAAGGAGGGAGCAGAGAGUGUGGCGCCUGCCAAUCAAAGGGGACCUUACCAACAUCCACAAUGGACCUUAUUCACUUUUUUCAGUUUUUAAAACGAGGCUUCAUAUGCCUCACAGGUAAAAAGAAUGUCUGAGAGCUUCACAAGGAGAGUGAAAUCACAUAGGCCCUGCUCUGUGCCGGUCUGUACAAGUGAUGACAGAUAUGACAUGGCGGUCAGACUCUCUUUUCUUCCGUUUGUAAGUGAGAAAAUUUUUGAAUGCUUUUAACUUUAUAAAGGAGACAAUGGCAUACGCUUUCUGUUGAGUGUAUGGUAGGUCUGCAAAGCUUGAGAAAACCUUUUUUUUAAUUUAAGGUAACUAAAAUGACAAUAGGCACAAGUACAGCUGACAAAAUCUACAACAAUAAUUUGAAUAAAGUUAAAAAAUUAAUUAUAAUAAAUGCAAGCUAUGCAUGUGACUCAUGAUAAAGUAAGCCUGUGUGUGUGCGCGCGUCAGUGAUAAAGCCCAAGAGGAGACCAAAGUACAGUUGAUAGAAAGGUGACAACAAUUAUGAAAAGAAAACAAGCAAGGGAAGAUUGGAUGAAAAAAAGAGAAGAUAAAGAAAGAAGAAGGAAGAGGACAAGUGAGGACAUAGUUUAACCUGUGGAAGUGUUUGCAAUAGUGCAAUCAGAGUCAAAUCAGCUUCCUGCUGCACCGUGUAAAAGAGGAUGAUGUUGCUAAUGAUGAUGACGAUGAACCCGACGACAACGAUGAUGAUGAUGUUUUCCAAAAACAGGACUGGAAUAUGGUACUGAUACCAAUAAUUACUUUGGGAGCAAACCGAUAUAGAGUAAAUAAAUAAGACAGCUCCUGCCAUCAACCCAGCACCAUUGGAGGACUACGGCCUGUGCCUUGUUCCAAUGUAAGAUGGCACGGACAGAAAGAAGACCGCAUAAAUACUAUCGAUCAUCACAAAGUAUGGAGGGCUCGACAACAAGUUGAGAGGGGCAAUCAGGGAAACUCCAAUAAUCAACGAAGAGGAAAUCAUGGCAAUGUUUGUUGAUGGGCGAAAAGACACGAGACUGGCGAAAGAAAAAAGGAGAGACAAGAAGUACAGUAGAAAGAAAAUUGAAGAACACUGUGUAAUGACUGGUGAACCCGGAACUUUCUGUCUGUGGCCAUCUAACAUUGGAACAAGGCACAGGCUCUGGUAUUGCUGUAAUUGAAGAAGGGGGAAUUACAGACCAAAUCAUGGCAGUUGGAGCCGACAGACCAGCUGUAAACACUGGGCACCGUGGUAGGGCAAUAAUUUGUUAUAGCUUCACACUGGACGCCCUUUGCACUGGUUCAUUUGCUCUUUACACUUGAACGAGCUUUCAUUCGUCCAGCUCUGCAAAACACUCAUUAGUUCAACUGAAGGACCCACACUGUGGAAAGGACCAAUUGGAAAUAAAUUGGCUAAUUGUGUAUCAUUGUCACUUUGUGCAGAAGGAUUUCGAUUCAUUGCCGACGGGGAUCCUAUUACAGAAAUCGAAUUCAGCGAACGUUAGUAAUGACCAAGCCUACCUGACCAAGAUGAUUACAGCUAUUAGAAGUGGAAGCAUCAGUGAAUAUUUACUGCAGGAAAAGCCUGGGCCCAUGUCGAGGGCCAGAUGGGUGAUAAGUGCUAGCAGGAUAUGUCGGGUGUAUAUGGCAACAGUGCAACCAAGUAACGAGCUCUGUUCCCUGACACUUCAUUGUCUGUUUGCUAUGGACAUACAUGCUAUAGCAUCUUUGACAUGGAGUAAGCGAGUGCAAGUCACGUCUUUAAUUAUGACCCUUCUUCAAUCUCUUUUCUUCUCCUCCCGUUCCUCCAUAUUCGAUGCCUACAGAUUCUCAGUAUGCCAGCCUCCACCCUUUCACCUCAUUGUCUCAAUCCUUUCACUUCUCGUAGUCAAAAUACUCCAACUCCCCCAUUCCCCAGUCUACAUUCUUCCUCCAAUCGUCGCACUUCCACCUUCAGCUUCCCUUCUCCCAGUCUCCCUACCUCCAGCCUCUCCCCAACGACAGAAUGAUAUUUACCGAGGGAGGCGGUGGCCGAGCGGGGAACAAACGAACGAGAAAUUCUGUUACACGUGCAAGUUGAUCCCAGGCAGGUGCAAGUUCGAUACAUGGGGGAAAAUAUUCCGUUGCUGCGAUUGUGCUUACAGUCGUGACGUCACCAGCUUCCUGAUCACGUGAACAAAACCACGUUCUGCCCUUCUCUGAUUCUGAAUAGGAAAUUAAGUGUAAUAGUGUGUCUCGCUGUGUCUUGAAACAGUCGCCCCACCCUCAUACCACACCCCAGUCCUUUCAUCGAGAGGCUGGAGACACUUUGUCCACGUGUUCUUUCUGUUAACAUCGCUGGUCCAUUAGAGGCCAGAGUCCAGCCACUGCGAGCGCACGCGCACACAUACACACAACCGCCCACUCACGUGUAAUAAACUCUGUGCACUUAAAGCUACCUUGAGACACAGCUUGUUUACCUGAAACUAUAUUUGGGUGUGGUUAAAUAUUGAACUGUGUAUUUGUGUUUAUACGAAUUUCUCUCUCCGGCAACCCUUUUAUUGCUUUCCUCGGAUAUCUGCUUCAGGACAUUUAUAAAAAAGUACUGUAAUCAAAAAGUGUCAGAUUAAUGAGCCAGCAAUUAAUGGGAACGGAAAGAACACCAGGUUCGUAAUUCAUGGAGUGGAAAGACGUGGGGAGUGUAAAUUCCCUUUACUUGAAAAAUAUACACGAGUGCACAAUUUUGUUCCCAAGUCUAGAUUGAGCUCUGAAUAAAAUAUGAACCACUACCCCUACUGUUUAUGAUCUCAAGGUGCCAGGUGCAGGCCUGUAAACAACAUCAUGCCCGAAACUGUAAAACCUAUGACGUCACAAGUGUGCACACCUAAUUAACAUAUGUCUUCAGUUGUAACCGUGACAACGCAUGCGUAUUAAUUAAUGUACCUUCCUGAUAUCAAUGUUCUCACGUCUUUCAUUGCCCGGGAAUAUUUUUAGACAAGUAGCGAACUAAAAUGUGGGAUAGCAUCCUGUACCAAG